AUGAGACUCUUAGGUUUCCUAUGUGCUUUGAUUUUGUCUGCAACCACCGUAUUUUCAGUAACAGAGAAAUUUUAUAAGGAUCUUCCAAAGUCAGACAAUAUGACCCAGGCAUUUUUUAUUGGAGGAUACGUCGUGGGGAAUCAUACAAAGAAUGAAAAAGACUGUAAAAAACAUUUGAAGAGUUAUUGCAAUGGCGUGAAAGGAUUAGAUCCGACUUUUAAGUCGGGUGGGUAUGGUUUGAAGGAAGUUUGCAAGAAUUAUAAAGGAGCGUGUCAUGGGCUAUUUUCCUUACUUAAAAUUGAAUGUGAUUCGCUUAUUUUGGAAAAUGGAGAAAAUAUAGAUUACACCACGUGUUUACAGAAAGUGUCGGAUUGUAAUCAACUGGAAACAGCAUGUGGUAGUGAUGGUGUGACGGUUUCAUGCAGCAAAACAAGAAUGAAAUGUUUUCUGCAAGGACAAAAGGAUUUUGCAUUGGAAGUUCUUUCACGGGAGUUUGAGGAGAAUGAUGAUUCGGAUGACAGCAGGCUUGAAGGAGCGUGUCAUAAGUUUGGAGGUAAAGGGCUUGAUUUUACACGGUUAUGUUUAAAUCGAACGGAAUUAUUAAAACAAUUAAAGAAUAAAACAGGACUAGUAGGGGUUGGAUAUACGGGAUAUUCACACGCAGAUCAUCUUUUUAAAGAAGGCCAGAGGUUAGGAGGGCAUUUUCCACUGUUGGAGAAUUGGGAUCCGUAUUUACUGUUAGCGUAUUUAAUAACGGCUUUUGGCAAAGGAGGGACUGACAAAGAAAAAUGCGAGAGCUUAGGAGGGCUGUGUGCGCAUUUUAAUGGUCUUUCAGUGACGUUGAAGAGGUUUUGCGGGAAGGAUGGAAGAGGAAACAAUGUGAAGAAGAUGUGUGAGGAAUUUGAUUACAAGAUUUAUGAUCCAUUGAAUGGGCAUCUUACGUCUUUAUACCAAGAGCUUGAGGAUAGGGGACUCGUUAAUGGGAAUAAGACAAUUCCGUGGGUGAAUUUAACAAAAACACGGGUUACACACAGAGAUUGUCCACGAUUGGAGGCGAAAUGUAAAGCUUUGACGUAUUUUAAUGCAACGGGGCUUGAAAUACCGUGUGAGAAUCUUUUUGGAAGAUGUUACCAAGAUUAUCUUAACAGAACGGCGAUUAAAGAGUUAGAGCAUUACAUGCGUGGAUCACUAGGUAGAGAAAAAUUGAAAUAUAAGAAAAGGGGUAGUGCGUGUACAACUAAAUUGAGAGAAGUAUGUUAUCUACAUCACAAUGGAAGCGAGCCGGUCUUAGAGAAGUGUUUGUAUUUGGGACGUACGUGCAUGGAAAUGGGAAGGGAUGUUGAGUAUGAAUGCGAUAAGCUGUUGGAAGAAACAUUUGUACGAAAGCCUUCUAAGGAUCAUUGUGAUAAUCUUAGAAAUCGUUAUGAAAAAUAUGGAGGAGAUUGUGAUUCUUGGCACAGGGAGGGUUAUAACAGUUUUAGGGCUAGAUGUGAGAAAGUUUAA